GACCCUUCCUCCCUCACUAGACACAGCAUGUCUGCCAUGUCAUGUCCGAAAAUCGAAGUGCUUCGCUGGAACGCGUCGAGCGUCUACGUCAAGUGUCCGUACUGCGAUGAGGAACAUCGGCACGGCGUCAGUCUUCCAGGCAUGCGUACUUCAGGCUGCCAACCAGGUGGCCAGUACGAGUUCAUAUUCCCCAUCGAUGAAAAGACCGGACGUGUCGGCUAUGAGAUUGACAAGAGUAGGGCUUGCUUCGUGAAAGCUGGCUCGCAAGCAGAUCAACAGGAUGAGGUUAUACAUUCUUCCGAUCAAGAUGAGCGCGUUCUAGCCGGUCUCUUUCACUACAAAAUGCGUAUCUCAACCACAAAGCCAAAGCCAGGGCCGGUUUUAAAUCUCUAUGAUGAUUCAAAAGAGUUCAAAACUAUCAAUCUUCCGAACGGGGAUAGCUUCGAGCAGAAGAGGAUCUUAGACGCAAUUUCAGAUUGCGUGCUAGGCAACUUGCCUGCAAUAACUCAAUAUCUCAACACUUCUGCCGAGGCGAACCUUUUUCUGCAUGGAAGAGGCCACGCUGGAAACACCACUCUGAUCAGGGCUGCGGCAGAAAAGAGCCACGAGAUGGUGUCACUUCUUCUCCAACACGGCGCAGACGCGAAUGCUACCGAUGAACACGGACGCAGUGCGCUCAUGGAGGCAGCGCUCUGGGGCCGAACUGGCAACGUAGAAGCGCUGCUCAAGGGCAAUGCGGACAAACGCCUUCGAGACAAUGAGGGUCGCUGUGCCGUGGAUUUAGCCCAGCCAGCUCCCAAGAAUGAAGAAGAGAGAUAUCGGCGCUCGCAGUUUGCGGCUGCAGACAACGUGCUCGAAUGUAAUCGACACAGGCGAUCUAUCGUCGUCUUACUCGGUGACUCGAACGCCGAUAAGCAGUACCAGUACACUGAACCACCUUCAGAGAGCGAACGCAUCAAGUACAGUUUCAAGAAAUCCCAAUCCGAGAUGGCGAUCACGCUUCACGGACCCAUUCGCAGCUACCCUGUGCCACGUAUCAGUAAAACCGCCGCCGUCCUUGAUAGGGGAGGCCAAUUCAAACAGAUCUCGGCGACCAGUGGUUGGGGCGUCGAUGCCCUGCCCCCAAGCCCUACGAACAGGCCACACUGGGUCGAGCAGGUCUAUCAUAUCGCGUCCGUAGUUGGCCAUGUACUCCCAGAUGCACCGAAUCCAGAUUGGGAUCAAGAUAGAUCCGGACAGUACUAUGCAUCCCAUGCGGAGAAGAAGUUAAUUGCCUACUUUAUCGAGAGGCAUGUUUUCUUGCCUCAAGACAGACAGCCUGACAGGAAUCUGGAAGACUCGAUCAUUGAAAUAGAAGACAUUAUCGCAGAAGGAGAAGACUCGUUCGCAACAUGGAAGAAGCUCUUCGAAGCAGAUGAUCGAUUGCUGGGUGACGCUUAUGAUGCACGGGAAGUUGAGAGGCUGAAACAUGAGAUUCAUGUUGUCGAAGAAGAACUGCUGAGACUUGAGUCAGACGAUAAGGUGGCUGCGAUGAGAGUUCAAGAGGAGAAGAGAUCCACAUUCUUGGAGAAAGAAAAAAUGCAUCAACAUUUGAUUGAGCUGAGUGAAGCCGCGCCCCUGCUAUCUUUGAAACGGGCAGUCAUACUGAGCAGCAAUCCGAUCUGCAAAGACUGUGAUAUGUUCAUGGAAAGGGUGAACCGCUGGUUUCAUUUGAAUAUCGAAAUGACUUUGUGUACCUAG